AUGUGUAAUACUUCUGAUAGUGAGAGUGAUGUGCCGAUGCAUGAAAUAAAAGAUGUUAGCAGUGUUAGUACGCCUAAAAAAACUAAAAAGUGCGGAUUAUACGCAGAAAUACAAAAGAGACUGGGAAAAAGAGUGCAAGUGGCUCCAGUCAAGUGCAAAUUCUGCAGUUCCGAUAUCCUUAUUGCGAGGGGCAAAGGAGAAAUUAAAAAGCAUACCACCACUGCGAAACACAUAAAGUCAAUAUCAACCAUCAAAUCGCAACCAUCUGUGGCGUCAGUGUUUGGCAAAAAAUCCAAAAAUAUUGACGAAAAGGCAACAGUGGCUCAAAAUGGCACCUCCAAAAAGCAACGUUUGGCGACAUUUCUCAAAAAUUCAGCAAAUACUGCCACUUGCUGUUCUAAAAUUCUAAAAACUGCUGGAAAUACUACGAAUGUAUUGCUGCAUCUUGAUCACCUGCAUAAAAAUAUUAAUCCAACUAAGCCAGUGGACUCUAAAAAAGAACCUGCAGGUACAGGUACUGCCUCCAAAAGCAAUUACUACGAUGACGAUGUAUUACCAGGGCCAUCCAGAGCAAGAUCUCGAUCUCCUUCGCCAGCAGUUCAAAAGAAUUUAAUUUGUGGAGCGGUCACCAUACAAUUGUUGAACGAACGAAAUCGAAACAAUUAGAUGAAUAUUCUACAGAUAUUACAUCAGAAGUCACUCAAUACUUAAGGAGUCCAAUUUCCAAUUUUUCUGAUAACCCGCUGUCUACUUGGAA